AUGUCGGCUAAAGCUCAUCCAGUGGACGGCGAUGAGAAUCCGGCGAGGGAAGGUGGAGAGCUUCCGAUCAAAUCGUCGCCCCAUCGGCAUAAAGUAGGGAUCCCACCGAAGCAAAACAUGUUCAGUGAUUUCAUGUACACGUUCAAAGAAACGUUCUUCCACGAUGAUCCUCUUCGACAUUUUAAGGACCAGUCCAAGUCCAAGAAGUUCGUGCUCGGGGUCCAGUCGGUCUUCCCGGUCUUUGAUUGGGGACGAAACUAUAAUUUCAAGAAGUUUCGUGGUGAUCUCAUCGCCGGUUUAACCAUUGCCAGUCUCUGCAUUCCUCAGGAUAUUGGAUAUGCUAAGCUGGCGAAUCUGGACCCUAAAUAUGGUUUAUAUUCGAGUUUUGUUCCUCCGUUGGUGUAUGCUUGUAUGGGAAGUUCUAGAGACAUAGCAAUCGGACCUGUGGCUGUGGUUUCUCUACUGCUAGGCACUCUUCUCCGAGCUGAGGUCGAUCCAAACACAAAUCCUGAUGAAUAUCUCCGACUUGCCUUCACCGCCACGUUUUUCGCCGGUGUCACUGAAGCAGCCCUCGGAUUCUUCAGAUUAGGGUUCUUGAUCGAUUUCCUCUCCCACGCUGCUGUGGUUGGAUUCAUGGGCGGCGCAGCAAUCACCAUAGCUCUUCAGCAGCUUAAAGGCUUCCUCGGGAUCAAGAAAUUCACCAAGAAAACUGAUAUCAUUGCUGUUCUUGAUUCCGUCUUCAGCUCAGCUCAUCACGGCUGGAAUUGGCAGACUAUUCUCAUCGCUGCUUCCUUCUUGACCUUCCUUCUCACCGCUAAGUUAAUUGGGAAGAAGAGCAAGAAACUGUUCUGGAUUCCAGCGAUUGCGCCAUUACUAUCAGUUAUCAUCUCCACUUUCUUUGUCUUCAUAACCAGAGCGGACAAACAAGGAGUCCAAAUCGUGAAACAUCUUGACAAAGGAAUCAACCCUUCAUCUUUUGAUCAAAUCUACUUCUCCGGCCCUUUUCUUGCUAAGGGCGUUCGCAUCGGUGUAGUCGCCGGUAUGGUCGCCUUAACGGAAGCUGUAGCGAUUGGAAGAACGUUUGCUGCAAUGAAAGACUACCAAAUCGACGGCAACAAAGAGAUGGUUGCGUUAGGUGUAAUGAACGUCGUUGGAUCCAUGUCUUCUUGCUACGUAGCCACCGGAUCUUUCUCAAGAUCGGCUGUAAACUUCAUGGCCGGAUGUCAAACGGCGGUUUCCAACAUCAUUAUGUCAAUCGUCGUUCUCUUGACGUUGCUUUUCCUCACUCCUCUCUUUAAGUACACACCAAACGCCAUCCUCGCAGCGAUCAUCAUCAACGCUGUGAUUCCUUUGAUCGAUAUCCAAGCUGCUGUUUUGAUCUUCAAGGUCGAUAAGCUUGAUUUCAUCGCUUGUAUGGGAGCUUUCUUUGGCGUCAUCUUUGUCUCCGUUGAGAUUGGACUUCUCAUUGCCGUCUCUAUAUCGUUUGCUAAGAUUCUUUUGCAAGUAACAAGACCUAGAACUGCUGUUCUUGGAAACAUUCCAAGAACUUCGGUUUACCGGAAUAUUCAACAGUAUCCUGAAGCCACUAUGGUUCCAGGGGUUCUUACGAUUCGUGUUGACUCAGCGAUUUACUUCUCCAACUCAAAUUACGUCAGAGAAAGGAUCCAGAGAUGGUUACUAGAAGAAGAAGAGAAAGUGAAAGCAGCAAGCCUACCAAGGAUCCAGUUUCUCAUCAUCGAAAUGUCACCUGUUACGGACAUUGAUACAAGUGGUAUCCACGCUUUAGAAGACUUAUACAAGUCUCUCCAGAAAAGAGACAUUCAGCUGAUUCUAGCGAACCCUGGACCGUUGGUGAUAGGGAAGCUACACUUGUCGCACUUUGCGGACAUGUUAGGAAACGACAAUAUCUAUCUGACGGUGGCUGACGCCGUAGAGGCUUGCUGUUCAAAACUCUCCGAUGAGGUCUGA